GUGCGCCUGCGCGAUACAGUGCCGCACGUGCUAGUUAAAAGCACUUCCUGGGUUUGGAGAUGGCCGAGAUGGAGACACAGCAUGCGGGGGCAGAGGAGGGCUUCACCCAAGUCAUCCGAAAGGGUGCCAGGCGGGCGAAGAAGCGAAAGUCUGAGCAGUUGUCCGAAGCGGGGGAGAGUGGGGACGCGGGCCGCAUGGACACGGAGGAGUCCCAGCCGGCGAAGAGGCCCGUCUUCCCGCCCCUCACCGGGGACGGACUCUUGAAUGGGAAGGAAGAAACACGGAAAAUUCCAGUUCCAGCUAACAGAUACACGCCGUUAAAAGAGAACUGGUUGAAGAUAUUUACUCCUAUUGUAGAACAUUUGGGACUGCAGAUACGCUUUAACUUGAAAUCAAGAAAUGUGGAAAUCAGGACUUGUAAAGAAACCAAGGAUGCAAGUGCUCUGACAAAAGCAGCUGAUUUUGUAAAGGCCUUUAUCCUUGGAUUUCAGGUGGAGGAUGCACUUGCCCUCAUCAGGUUGGAUGACCUCUUUCUAGAGUCUUUUGAAAUUACAGAUGUUAAGCCUCUGAAGGGAGACCACCUGUCAAGGGCAAUAGGAAGAAUUGCUGGCAAAGGAGGAAAAACCAAAUUCACCAUAGAGAAUGUGACACGAACACGAAUAGUUCUGGCUGAUGUGAAAGUUCACAUCCUUGGCUCUUUCCAAAACAUCAAGAUGGCAAGGACUGCCAUUUGCAACCUCAUCCUGGGAAAUCCUCCAUCGAAGGUUUAUGGCAAUAUUCGAGCUGUAGCUAGCAGAGCAGCAGAUCGGUUCUGAUUUCCAAUCAGAGACUUUUAUGUUUGGACUCUGUAAAGAAAAAGACCCUCUACUCUGCAGGUGGUCACACAAAACCAAGUGAAGAAAAAGUAUCAAAAUAUAAUGUAUAUUUUUCCUUUUAAGUCACAGGAAGCAGAUUUGCAAUUUAGAAUCCUCUUAUUUAGAGGAAACAUUGCAUAUACAGUUCUAUAUAAAUUUUGGGUUUAUUUAUAAAUUUAUAAACAUUUCUGGUCUGUAAAUUAUAAGUAAAAGAAUCAUGUCAAAGCCUGUGACUCAUGACCCUUCCUUAAUAUGUUGUGUGAUAUUUUAGAAUCGAGUCAGGAUUUUUUGGCUGUAGUAUCUAAACCAGUAAGUGCGAAUCCUCUACCUAUUUUAUAGUUUGUAAAAUUAAAGCCUUGCAUCACAGAACUGAUGCGAGGGCAGGUUUUAUUUUUCAAAUAUAGUACUUAAUGAGUAGUCAGAUGUUACAACAUUAGUAUACUUUUUCUAAGUAGUAAAGGUUAAGUGAUUAAAGUGUUUUCCUUCUCAGGAUACUACUGUGUCCUGCAAAAGCAAGAUUCUGUUAACUAAAGUCUAUUUGAAUGUGAUCUGAAAAUUUUACUCAUGUUUUAAAUGGAAGGAGCCUACUUCAAAUGAAAUGUGAUUUUGAUACUGCAUCUUGUUGCUUAUGUCAAAACCCCUUGACCAGAAUUUUGAUGGUAUUAGCAGAAAGUUCAUGUUAGAACUGAAGUCUUAAGUUUCUGUUUGUUCUACAUCAUUAAUAAGUUAUAAUGGACAUGGGAACUGUUUUUAAACAUUUAUUUAUUACAGUAAGACUUGCCAUUAAUCCCUGCACUGCCCUCACUUUGAACUCUUUCUUGCGACUCUAAAGCAAGUCUGGAAGUCUUUUAUGAACCUAUAGUUGUGCUUUUGUGGCUACUUCAUUUGAAACGAUUCAGAAUGUUUAGGGCAAGCAUUACAGUAUGUUCUUAUCUACCUUACUUACCUAACUUGGCAAUGUGUGACUUCUGGUUUUCCCCAAAGUCAAAAUGAUCAUUAAAGGUCAAUAUUUUUAAUCUUCUGCGAGUUUGAAAAGGAGACCAAAAUGUUAGAAGAGCUUCAACUAAUUCUCAGAAUAGUAGUGAAUGCUGGUCAUUCGAGAUGCAAAUUAAAACAAAUUAAACAAAUUAAAACCAUAUGUUUACACCUCACGCCAGAAAGAAUGACUUUUAUCUUAAAUCAACCAAUAACAAAUGCUGGAGGGGCUGUGAGGAAAGAGGAGCACUCUCCACUGUGGGUGGGAAUGCAGACUGGUGCAACCACUAUGGAAAAGUAUGGAGUUAUCAAAAAACUAUGAUUGGAGGUCCCAUUCAAUCCAGCUAUUACCCUUCUGGGUAUCUUCCCAGAAGAAUAAAAAACAUCAUACUAUAGCAACAUACGUGCACCCGUUCAUUGCAGCACAAUUUUAAUAGCUAGAUCUUGUAAACAACCUAAAUGCCCAUCAGCUGAGAAAUAGAUAAAAAAGAUGUAUUUUUAUACAGUGGAGUGCUACGCAGCCACAAAGAUAAACUGGUGACUUAGUAAAUGGAAGCAACUUGAGACCAUACUCAUUAGUGAGAUAGAUGUAAACAUCGUAUCCUCACACUAGUAUGAAAAGCUGAGACUAUUCAUAAAAGGUAGUUACACUACUGAUUUCUGUGAGCUCAUUGAGGAGAAAGGUUUGUGUUGGUAUUGUUCAGAUGAUUAAAUGCAGACCUCUUGUACUCUUGAGUAACUGAUGGAAGAUACUGUGCAAUGUAUAUACCAUUGUUACCCCUAAUUGUGUUUUGAAAUUUUUUUCUUUAAAAUAAAAAUAGUUUUAAAAAACGA